AAAGAAGUAGGUGAGACAGGAGCCAGCCAGGGCUGAAGAGCUGCUGUCCAGCAUCUCCCUGCUCAAGAUCACUCCAAAGAACAGAUGGAGUCGGAGAAGAUCCUGGUCCUCUGUGGCUGUUUCCUCCUGUGGAACCCUCUCAUUCAAUCCACUCAGCUUUACCCUGGAAUCAAAGUGAGGAUUACUCAGAAGGGCCUGGACUAUGGUAUGCAGGCUGGCAUGGAAGCUAUUGAGCUGAUAGUGAAGAAAAAUGGUAUUCCUGAUUUCAAAGGCUCUGAAUCUCUUGAAUUUUUAAAGGUUGAUUACGUUGACUAUAAUUUUUCAAACAUAAAGAUCAAUACCUUCUCAUUUCCAAAUAUUUCAUUAACCCCUGUGUCUGGGACUGGAGUUAAAGUAUUAAGUAAUCACGGUUCAACAAAUGUCAGUAUGGCAUGGGAAGUCACAUCUCCGCUUUUCAGAGACGAAGGAGGAGCCGCUCUGUUUCUAGCUGAGAUAUUUUUCUCGGGUCUCGUUAACCUGUCCCGGAGCGACACAGGCCACCCAACCAUGAAGCUGGAAGAUUGCUACAUUCGAGUCGGGCAUGCCCACAUUUCAUUUUCAGGAGAAUUCAGUGUCCUAUACAACUCCUUUGCUGAGCCAAUGGAGAAACCCAUUCUGAAGAACUUGAAUAAAAAGCUAUGUCCAAUUAUCAUGGAUCGGUUUGAAGAUAUAAAUGCCAAUAUAAGCUCUCUGGAAGUUGUAACCAAGUUUGGUGAGGACAUCCUGCUAGAUUACUCCCUUUUGGAGCCUCCAGAAAUCACCCAGUCAUCCAUUGACCUGAAUUUGAAGGGUACAUUCUAUCAAGUGGGCAAUCUUACUGACCCUCCCUUCCAACCUGUCCCGUUCACGCUCCCAGACCGCAGUGAUUCGAUGCUUUACAUUGGAAUCUCAGAGUAUUUCCUUAGGUCAGCAGCGUUCACUUAUUUCCUAACGGGGGCUUUCAAUAUCACCCUGACCACAAAAGAGCUAUCCAAGCAUCUAAUUCAAAACCCCCAGGGCAUUGGGAGUUUGUUUUCUCAGAUUGCAGAACUAUAUAUAAUGACCCAGCCCCUGAUGAUGAGGGUUCUGACCACCGAACCCCCAGUGGUCAGUCUAGAACCGAACAAUUUUACCCUCAACAUCCCUGGUUCUGUCGUGAUGCUGACCAAACCUAAAAACGCCACCGAGGAAGCUAUUGUCUCUAUGGAUUUUGUGGCUAGUACUGAUGUUGGCCUGGCUAUUUUGGGACAAAAGUUGAUCUGCUCUUUAUCUCUGAACAGGUUCCGUCUCUCUGGCCCAGAGUCUAAUCGUAGUUCCAUUGAGGUCCUGAGAUUUGAAAACAUUCUCUCCUCCAUCCUUCACUUUGGAGUCUUCCCAUUAGCCAAUGCCAGGUUACAGCAAGGUUUCCCAUUGCCUAACCCACAUCAGAUCUCUCUUGUCAAGUCUGACAUUGAAGUUCACAAGGGUUUCCUUCUGGUUUCUACUGACCUCAGGUAUGACCCUUUGUGGAAGAAGCAGCAUUUUGGAGGCUAGAAAGGUGAAAACACCUUUGAGGACGCUGACAGCAUGACCUGACUGGCGCUCUUAAUAUGAACAGGAGACAAAUGAUCCCUAACCCCUCCCCCCUGCCAAAACCACUGUACCCCCAAGGCUGGAAGACAAGGAAAACGUGGCAACAAGAACUGAAAUGGUUUCCUUCCUAGCUUUAAGGGCACUAAAGAAAAAGGGCCGGGGGGCUUACAAUGGUGCCUGUAUAUAUGUCUGACUGUGUGUACUGAGUGUGAGUAGAUGUCGGUUGCUGGGGCCACAAGGCAGGUUUAUAUGAUGGGCACAGAAAGUCUUGGGAAUCCAAGCAAGGCUUCCUUUACUUUGUCCCCACUGCAUUUAGCAUUUUAUGUUUUGUACUUCAUAUUUUAUGCUCCCUUUAUUUAAAUAAAAUCUCUCCUCCCCUUGCAUGCA